AUGCAAGUCGCAGGACAAGCAGGAAAUGAAACAACUAAUUGUUUUGGCGAUUUCAUUGGCACGUCAGUUCUAUUACUCUUUCGACUAAGGGCUUAUGAGGAUGGGAGCGAAUUCGAUGAUGAAUUCGAUGAGGAUGAAUGGGAAUUAAAUGAGACUGGUAUUGACCAAGUCUUUGAUACUGAGUAUGAAGGAGAAAAGCUGGCAGUAGCAGCUGAUGAUUUCUUUAAUGAUGAUGAUGACUAUGUGUCGGAAAGUGAUGGAGAAUGUAUGAUGGAGUUGAAGGCUGAAUUGCCACAGUCUGAUGAGGAAGAUGAAAGUGAUAAUGAAGUUGAUGAUUGUGGAUUUAACGAUGAUGAGUUUGAUGUGGUUGUUGAGAAGGAAGUUGAUUGUGAAGUCGUAGGUGAAGUAGUAGUGGAUGGAAAAGUUGAAGAUGACUUCACAAGUGAUGCACGUGGUUAUCCAAACUAUUUAUUUUCUGAUGAAAAGAUAGCGAAAUUGUACAAGUUGGAUACAGUGCAUGAAAAGGAUUCGAUUGCAUAUGGUAUUCCGGACAAUAGAUUGGAAAAACAUGAUGGUUUCUUCAUAAGAGAGAAAAAAUAUUAUUAUGAUGUGAGUGAUAUUGAUCUUAACAUCAUCAAGCAUGUUGAAAAGAAAAUCGAGAAAAAAGCUUAUGAGGAUGGGAGCGAAUUCGAUGAUGAAUUCGAUGAGGAUGAGGAUGAAUGUGAAUUAGAUGAGACUGGUAUUGACCAGGUCUUUGAUACUGAGUAUGAAGGAGAAGAGCUGGCAGUAGCAGCUGAUGAUUUGUUUAAUGAAGAUGAUGACUAUGAGUCGGAAAGUGAUGGAGAAUGUAUGAUGGAGUUGAAGGCUGAAUUGCCACACUCUGAUGAGGAAGAUGAAAGCGAUAAUGAAGUUGAUGAUUGUGGAUUUAACCAUGAUGAGUUAGAUGUGGUUGUUGAGAAGGAAGUUGAUUGUGAAGUCGUAGGUGAAGUAGUAGUGGAUGAAAAAGUUGAAGAUGACUUCACAAGUGAUGCACGUGUUUAUCCAAACUAUUUAUUUUCUGAUGAAAAGAUAGCAAAAUUGUACAAGUUGGAUACAGUGCAUGAAAAGGAUUCGAUUGCAUAUGGUAUUCCGGACAAUAGAUUGGAAAAACAUGAUGGUUUCUUCAUAAGAGAGAAAAAAAAUUAUUAUGAUGUGAGUGAUAUUGAUUUUAACAUCCUCGAGUAUGUUGAAAAGAAAAUCGAGAAAAAGGGUUGCUUCAGCUUUUUCUCAAGAAUUUUCAACAGAAUUUUCAAAAAAUAA